UUUACUGGCAAAUGAAAUAGAAUGGCUAACUCUGCAUGUACUAUCACAGGCGCUAGUUCGAGUUGUGACCUUCAUGACUGGUUUGAAUUCUUGUGAAACUUUUAAUUCAGUGGAAGGUGGAUAAAAACGGAGAUUUUUCUUCAAUUAUCCAUAUUUCACACCUUAUAGAUAUAGCAUGUUGCAGAUUGUUCUUAUAUGGCUAUUAUUUGUUGAUUACAUUCAUUGUUUACCUGAACAUAAAUUAAAGAUACCUAAUAGUGAAAAUGUACCGGAUCCUUGUAAUCCAGGAAAAUUUGUAAAGUCAAUUGGUCACUUGAAUUAUGAUGGUGGUGGACCUCUUAAUUCAUUCGGUUCAGAUUUCGAAAGUAAACGGUCUUGGAGUCUACUCUGUCCAUUGGAUAGUGACGGUGAUGGAUUUACUAAUGGUCAAGAAUUAGGUGAUCCUAAAUGCCAAUGGAAAAUAGGUGAUCUACCUGAAAGAAUAUUUAAUAUUACUCAUCCAGGUGUAUGUACUCCUGUGGAUUCAGAGGUUUGUAAGAGGCAAAUUAUAUGUAAAACUAAUAUUCCAACACAUUGUGGUUUUACUCAAUUUUCAACUGGUAUAUUAACUUUUCUAACAAUAUUAAUGGUAUUAUUAACAAUAUUAAAAUUUAUUAGUAAUACAGAAUUAAAAUAUCGUUAUGAACAUGGUACAUGGCCUAUAACCUGUUGUCCAUCAUUACCAUAUGAUAAACCUGGAUUUUCAUGGGAUAAGUAAUUUUUCAUUGUUUCCUUUAAAUUUUAUUCUGAUAAAAAGGCACACUAUGUAUAUGUGUGUAUAUGUUUAUAUAGUCUAUAUUGUUAUUAUUACUAUUACUGUUACUAUUAUUACUAUUACUAUUAUUAGUAUUAUUAUUAUUAUUAUUAAUUUUAUAGUCUCAAUACAAUGAUCUAUUUUCGAUCAACGGACUGUGAUAUUCUCUUUAUAGGUUUCUUCUUUUGUAUUAUUAUUAAUGAAUGAGCGAAUUGUGUAGAUUUUUAAUGGUUAUUAUUUUUGUUUAUAUAUUAUUCCCUUUGCCUUCCCAAGUAGUGUACACAAUAUUCUCUUCCUAGACAAAAAUAAUAUAAAUAUUUUUUGGUAUUGUUCA